AUGGUGACAAGUCCGCCCGCGAAGAUGAGGACUGGGUUCAGCCAGGCGGGAGUCGGGCUGACCAGUAAGCACAUAGCCGCCGUAAUGCAACACACAAAACCGAGAUUGCCCGUGUCCUUGGUGCUGAAGACGAACUUCUUAACCAAACCCGACACAGCAGAAAAGACGAGCGACACUCCGACUGCGCUGCAGGCUAUGGCGCAGGCUCUUUCAGGGGAAUGGGGGUCUUUGAUCUUGUCCGACACCGCACUCGAUGCAAAUCCGAGUGCAGUCAUCAUGAUAGCACCAGGGAGGAUGAAUGCGAAGCCAGAGACAAGGCCGCCAACGACGCCCUUCUUCGUGACCCCGAUCGCGAAGCCGACCUGGGUGCUAGACGGCCCGGGCAGGCAGUUCGCCAUCGCGAAGAGCUCCUGA